AUGCCUUCAUUAAUGAAAGCCAUUGUACUGCAUCUGUACCGUGAUGUGAUGCCUUCGUUAAUGAAGGUCAUUGUACUAUCUAUCCCUUGCUGUGAUGCCUCCGUUAAUAAAGGGCAUUGUACUACAUCUGUACCUUGCUGUGAUGCCUUUGUUAAUGAAGGUCAUUGUGCUACAUCUGUACCUUGCUGUGAUGCCUUCAUUAAUGAACGUCAUUGUACUACAUCUGUACCUUGCUGUGAUGCCUUUGUUAAUGAAGGUCAGUGUGCUACAUUUGCACCUUGCUGUGAUGCCUUCAUUAAUGACGGUCAUUGUACUACAUCUGUACCUUGCUGUGAUGCCUUUGUUAAUGAAGGUCAUUGUGCUACAUCUGCACCUUGCUGUGAUGCCUUCACUAAUGAAGGUCAUUGUACUACAUCUGUAUCUUGCUGUGAUGCCUUUGUUAAUGAAGGUCACUGUGCUACAUCUGUACCUUGCUGUGAUGCAUUCAUUAAUGAAGGUCAUUGUACUACAUCUGUACCUUGCUGUGAUGCAUUCAUUAAUGAAGGUCAUUGUACUACAUCUGUACCUUGGUGUGAUGCCUUUGUUAAUGAAGGUCAUUGUGCUACAUCUGUACCUUGCUGUGAUGCCUCUGUUAAUGAAGGUCAUUGUACUACAUCUGUACCUUGCUGUGAUGCCUUCAUUAAUGAAGGUCAUUGUACUACAUCUGUACCUUGCUGUGAUGCAUUCAUUAAUGAAGGUCAUUGUACUACAUCUGUACCUUGCUGUGAUGCCUUUGUUAAUGAAGGUCAUUGUGCUACAUAUGCACCUUGCUGUGAUGCCUUCAUUAAUGAAUGUCAUUGUACUACAUCUGUACCUUGCUGUGAUGCAUUGAUUAAUGAAGGUCAUUGUACUACAUCUGUACCUUGCUGUGAUGCCUUUGUUAAUGAAGGUCAUUGUACUACAUCUGUACCUUGCUGUGAUGCCUUUGUUAAUGAAGGUCAUUGUACUACAUCUGUACCUUGCUGUGAUGCCUUUGUUAAUGAAUGUCAUUGUACUACAUCUGUACCUUGCUGUGAUGCCUUUGUUAAUGAAGGUCAUUGUGCUACAUCUGCACCUUGCUGUGAUUCCUUUGUUAAUGAAUGUCAUUGUACUACAUCUGUACCUUGCUGUGAUGCCUUUGUUAAUGAAGGUCAUUGUGCUACAUCUGCACCUUGCUGUGAUGCAUUCAUUAAUGAAGGUCAUUGUACUACAUCUGUACCUUGCUGUGAUGCCUUUGUUAAUGAAGGUCAUUGUGCUACAUCUGCACCUUGCUGUGAUUCCUUUGUUAAUGAAUGUCAUUGUACUACAUCUGUACCUUGCAGUUAUUUGCACAGAGGUGGCCUCCGUAUAGUAUAUUAUGCAAUGUUUUACUCGGUUCUAUUUGAAAGUCUAGUCCUGGAGCAUGUCACUGAGGGAGCUAGCACCACCCUUAGGAAGCUAAUGUGA